UCUAGUUGGCAGGUAGUUUCAGGCUCUCCCUUUUUAUUAUGACUCAUGAAGGGAGAAAAUCAUAAUUGUACAGGAAUUAUUUUUUAUGACAAUUGAAUUUAUGCCUCACGAAAAGUCAGACAUUCCACUCGAAAAGGAGUCAUUUGGAUUAGUGAGUAAAUAUGAGCAGAGAAAGAGACAAGUCUGCAAAUACAAAACAUAUUUCAAAAGAAGAUGUAUCUAUCACCGAUCCAGCUAGUCGUUUAAAAUACAUCACAGAGUUGUACUCAGCUGUUGAGAUUAAUCCCAAUUACGCUGCAAUAAGAUAUUAUCGAACUGGCAUUGACAUGACUAAAAUGGCAGCGGUUUACUUGAAGGAGGGAAGUCUGGAGUCUGCAUAUGCAUUAUAUAUGAAAUUUUUAACUAUAUUUUUAGAAAAAAUUAUGAAUCACCCGCAGUACAAUACGGUGCCGGCAGCGGAGAAAGCGAAGAAUACGGCGAUGCUGAAGAAAAUAAUUCCUGUAGCGGAGGAAUUGAAGAAAAAAUUACUAGAGCAGUAUAAACAGGACGCCGCAAUUGCAAUCGAGAAAUUGAAACAGCAAAAGCAUGAAGAGGAGGAGAGACUUCGAGUGAGUGAGUUGGAGGAGAAAACCCCGAGAUUGAGAUCAGCCGAUUUUAGUGGUGACUUUGAUCGUUUGGAUCGUUUGGAUCGAGUGGCCCCUAGCACAGCUGAUGACACGAAUCUUCCAGUGUUUGAUCGAUCCUUGAAACCCUCGACCUAUCCCUCACCUAAAUCUGGUUUGAGGCAGAUGUCAAUGCCCUCGAGGAUGAUGACUGAAUUUCUGAAACUGUCUCGUGGAAAUACAGCCAAUAAUAAAGAGACGUGUGGCAUUUUGGCUGGGAGUUUGGUGAGGAAUCAGCUGUUUGUCACUCAUUUACUCAUUCCACAACAGAUGGGAUCCUCAGACUCAUGUGUUACUCACAAUGAGGAGGAUAUAUUUGAUUAUCAGGACCAGCACAGUCUCAUUACUCUGGGGUGGAUUCACACUCAUCCAACUCAAACUGCUUUCCUCUCCAGCGUUGAUCUUCACACACACUGUGCCUAUCAGCUCAUGAUGGCUGAAGCUAUUGCUGUCGUUUGUGCACCCAAAUAUGAGGAAACUGGAUUCUUCAUGUUAACUCCUGACCACGGACUGAAUUUCAUAGCUCGUUGUAGAGCUACUGGUUUCCAUCCACAUCCCAAUGAAAAAUCUCUUUACACCCAUGCAGAUCACUGCAAACUCGAUGCAACAGCUAAUGUCACAGUCGUUGACCUCAGAAAAACCACUUGAGGGAGUAAUGAGAUUGAUGGGAUGAUUUUAAAAUGAUUUUGAGAUUUACCACGCCAAUCACCAAAUGUGUAACGUAUUCAUUGCUUCGUGAGUCAAUUAAUAUUUAUUAGAAAACUUUAUUCGCUGA